AUGAGCGAACAAGAACAAAUUGAUUCUGAUGAAUUAGUUUCUAUUGUUUGUUCAAAAUCUAUUGAUAUUCAGGAUCUCAUUGAGAAUAAUGAUCCAAAUGCGCUCCAAGAGUUUCAAACAUUUUAUGAUCAAGCAAUACAAGCACUUGAUUUACAAAUUGAGAAGGUAUCCGCACUUGAUAUGGAAUCCUCAAACUAUUUUGAUAUAUUUAACGACGCAACGAAGGAGUUGAAAACUUUGAGAGAUAAAGUUUUUGCUUUAACAAAGGAUAAGAAGCAGCAAAAUGAAACCCUUGAUAUACUUCAAAAAGAGAACGAUGUUCUUGAAAAAGAAUACUUGGAAUUACUUAAUAAAAACGAUUCUACAGAUUAUAAGUCAAUGAUCGAAGAAGUUCAAAAGCAGAUUGACGAACUACAGAAUAAAGAGCAAGAUGUUGAUAAACAACUUGCCGAAAACUCAGGAAAAACAACAGAUAUGGAAAAUGAAAUUCCUUCACUUAAAAAGCAGAUCGAUGAUACCGAAGAUGGUCUUGCCGUUAAAAUCAAAAAGAAUCAGAGAAGAGCGAAAGAAAUUGAAGCAAGAUUGAAGAAAUUGGAAACUCAGCCAAUUACUGCCUCAAAUCCAAAGGAAAAGGUCUUUGAUGAAGAAGAAGAUACAGCUGGUCCAUCAACUAUCAUACAUAGAACUACAGGAACCGUUCAAGAUCAGAUCAGAGAACUAAAAACUGAUUUGGAAGAAGCUCUCAAGUUAAAUGGUUCAUUGAAGACGAAUAUGAAAGGUCUUUCCCAAGAUUUGGAUGCAAUGCGUGAAGAAAAUUUCCAAUUAAAAGAACUUCUCAGAUCAAUACAAAAGGAUAAGAAGAAAUAA